GAGGGGAAGGAAGCAAACGAGAGGAGAAAGUGGAAGCAAGUGAGUGUCAGUGAAAAAAGGCAGUCUGACUGCACAGAAAAGGCGCUCUGCAAACAGUGUGCACUCAUUGAGUCAGUUAUAUUCUAAACACGGAGAGCUGGUGCAUUAAAGCUCAAGAAAACAGUUUUCAGUGCAGAGAGACAGCACAGAGACAGACAGAAACAGAGGAAGUAGUGAAAAGAGAAGAGGAGAAGAGUGGAGAGGUUUUUCGUGGAAAGAUGGACUCAGAUUCUGGGGAACAGAGUGAAGGAGAGAUCUCUCCAGGGCAAGAGAGCUUCAACUCCAAGAGUUUGGCCCUUCAGGCCCAAAAGAAGAUCUUAAGUAAAAUGGCCACCAUGGCUGUGGCAAACCUUCUCACGGACGAUACCAGCAGCGAGAUUCUGGAUGAACUCUACAAGGCCAGUCGUGAAUACACCAAGAGCAAGAAAGAAGCCCACAAGAUCAUCAAAGACGUCAUCAAGAUCGCCCUGAAGAUUGGCAUUCUCUAUCGAAACCACCAGUUCAGUCCUGAUGAGAUGGAGACCGUCGAGCGCUUCAAAAAGAAAAUGAACCAGGCGGCCAUGACAGUGGUGAGCUUUUACGAGGUGGAGUACACAUUCGAUCGUGGCAUUCUUUCUGAGCUACUGAUGGAAUGUAGGGACCUUCUCCAUGAGCUGGUGGAGCACCACUUGACCAUGCGCUCCCACGCAAGGAUCGACCACGUUUUCAACCAUUUCGCAGAUGUGGAUUUCCUGACCCAGCUGUACGGCCAAUCUGAAGAGUACAGACUUAACCUGAGGAAGAUCUGCGAUGGGGUAAACAAACUCCUUGAUGAGGGCACACUUUAACAUCCAUUUCUCAGUUUGUUGGAUGAGACUCCAUCACGCUACUGGGAUUUGAACUGCAGAUUUUACGCAACUUGUGUUCUUUGUUUUUUGAUUGAAAUUUAAGCAGUCAUGAUAACUUGAUGAUGUGAUUGUUACCCGACCUGUGGGGAUCAGAGUAUGUAGCGGCAACAAUUUCAAUUUUAAAGGCACAAUACUAGAAGAAUAGAUUUAACUUUUCUUUUUUUUUAGACCCUACAAUUAGAUUAUUCCAACUACAAUUUAACUCACUUAAACGUCUGUGCAACGUCUUUCUACUCAGGCGAAGCUGAAGAUUGUAGUUACUUCAGAAACAGAGAAAAUAUGCUGUAACUUUUCUGUUUUUAAGCUGAUAAAUCACGGGACAGCAUUGACAAUAAUUCUCUGCACUCCUGAAUGUUUAUAUGUGCUUACGAUCUGUACGUUAUGUGUGAGCUUGUGUGUUGUGUGUGCAUGUUCAACUGUGUAGCAGCACAUUAGUUUAGAGCGGAGAUUAACUACCUGUACAAUAAACAGUUUAAAACGUGAAUUCAAACAAUCAAUAUUGAGUAUCCACAUACUACAGACCAACAAUGCCUGAGAUAUAACCUCCCGCACUCAUCCAUCGCCUUCAUUAUAACCUUCACCUUCCUUCUGAUUUGAGUGAUACAUACAUACAGGGACAUCUAUUUGACAUCUGCAAGACAUUUUUUUAAGAGCAUUGGCUCAUCUGCAAUACAUCUAUACGACAUUUCCUAUCAGAUGCCAAAUUUACGUUUAGAAGAUGUCUUUAAGAUGUUUAUGAUUUAGAAUGUAUGUAAAACUGACAUUUUAAUGAUGUCUAACAGA